AUGUUCGCCACAUUCAUUACUGUCGCUCUUUUCGCUGCUGCGUCUGUCCAGAACGUUCUGGCUGAUUACACCCUAGCGACCCCUUCAUUGACUCAGUGUCAAGACGCUGCCAUUACCUGGGAGGGCGCUAAGGGACCUGUUAACAUCAUUGCAGUCCCUGCUAGCGAUGCCUGCAAUGGCAACAUCCUUGCCGACUUGGGUGAUCAUGACGGUAACUCUUAUACUUGGAAGGUCGAUGUUCCCGCGGGCACGAAACUUGUGCUCACCUCUUUAGACACUGAGGAUGUGGAAGCUUGGUCUGGCGAGAUCACUGUUCAGCCCAGUGAUGAUGACAGUUGUGUCCGUGCCGAAUUCAAGACUGCCUCAUCUGCCUCCAGCUCCGCUUCUUCUACUGCCAGCAGCAGUGAGGCUGCCGGAACUUUGGUCGUCACUCCAACUAAAGCCGCGUCCUCUUCGUCUUCCACCGGUUCGACGGGCUCCACUGGUAACAGUAAUGGACCCGUGGGUGGUGUUGCCAACGACCCUUACACUUCAAGUAACGGUGCUCUUCGCCAAACCACUACGCCCGUGCUUAUUCUCGGCGCCAUCGGCGCUGUUCUCGCUGCUUCCCUUUGA